AUGGCGUACAACUGGCGCGCAGCAGAGAAGUGGCGCCAGCACCCCUUGCUCACCGGCAACCAGAGGGUGAUGAUGCCCGGAUUGGGCAUCGGCAUCGCGGCAUUCGCGGUGUACGUCGCCUUCGACAAGCUCACGGGGUCCAGCAAGGCUGGCCACCACUGA